CAAAUUAUACGGGUAUCUUUUUAAAACAUCCACAAAUCUGCUAAAUAUAACGUGUUGUGCAAUUUCGCUGCGGUUUAUUACGCAUUGUAUUCUAUGUUUGUUCCAACAUGUAGCCUACACCUGUAACCAACGCGUGUGUAUUAUCAGCGUGUUCCUGGACGUUUCAUUUAGAUUGCUAUCCCCUCGCUGUCAAAGCCAUGUAACUAUUACUACAACAUAUUGGACCAUUGAACCCUCGUCCCACCCCCUCAGUGGGAGACGGACUCGUGCAGUGUCAGUGCCACGCUGUUAUUACACUAAAUGUGACAUUUAUGUUGUUAAUAGUCGCAUUACUUGUUGUGGUUUGCGAUCACAUGUUCAAAUAAGUUUCAGUGGAUAAGUUCCGAGAGAAUCCUUCCCCCUUUUUGUCGGAGCUUUUAGAAGAAAAGGGAAGAGGGAGAGAGGGGGGGGAAACAAGACAAUUAAAAAGAUUGACAGGUAGGCUCCUCUGUCAGGGGUGACGCUUGUGGAGAGGGGAGGAGUAAAAAUGUAGCAGGAAAAGCCACUCGAUGCGUCUGUCUAUCAGUUGAGACUGUCUGAGACAGCUUCGGGAUCCACCGCGUUUCCAUUUUUUCUCUUUUGGAAGACCUCGGAUCAGACCCUUGGAGGUUUUUCCUCCCCUCUCUUAUUAUAUGUGUUGCUUUUUUUAAAGAGACACAUUGUAGUCCAUGUCGACCUGAUCUGUUGUUGGCGAAGCUUUGGAUGCGUCUUGUUUGUUGCCCCUCUCUCUCAAGUCCUCUCCACCGCAUCAGCCCAACAAAAAAAACCUCUUCCAAGAUGCGAUGAGAUGAACGCUGGGAAUUAUUUCCACUACUCUUGAAAAAAGACGGUCUCUGGCUCGAUAAGAAGGAAACACAAGGAUACUUCACUUAUCAGAGCUGUGCGCUGCGCUCACACGGGACUUAUUUGUUUUGAGACCGCCAGACUUUAUUUAUUUUCUAGUUGCGUAAAAAGGCGCAGCAAAGUAUCGCCCCCCUUCCAAACAGCACUGGUCAUUUUUCCAGGAGCUGAAAACGUGGUGUUUUAGGGGUCUCACUACUGCUGCUGCUUUUUAUUUUUUCUUGCCAUGAGAAACAUGAAGGAAGAUGAUCUUUGAUGGACAUGAAGGUGUCAGGAGCUGGCCGAACCCCUUCGUAAUUGUUGUGCUUAAAGUCCGAGACAACACAGCUUUUAUUUCCAAUAAAGAGCACGCAGUUUUAGAAGAAGAAGACAAUCCCGAGAUCAAAACCUCUACCCCCGAAAAACGGGAUGCUUUUCCAGAACUGACAGACUUGAUUUGCUCGUAAUUCCUGCAUGAGAAGCACCGUGGAAAGUGACGGUCACUAUGCCGAGGAGAAAGCAGCAAGAUCCGCGGCGAGCAGCAGUUGUGUAACGUGAUAUUGUGAGGAACUGAACUCCACUGACGAGAUGAGUGAAAGCGUACGCGCCCGAAGACGAGAAUAAGCCAGGCGAACACAAUGAAGAAGAGCACCUGCAGGAUGACGGCCUCUCAUUAGACGGCCAGGACAAUGAGUUUCUGUGCAACGAGGAAGAAGAAGAUGUGGAUGGAGGCCAGCCACCUAGCUACAGAGACUCUCCGCUCAGCAAUGGCACUAACCCUGAUGCUGGAUAUGGGUCCCCGCUCAGCGACACCAGCGACCGGCUGACAGACUUUAAGAGCACCUCAUCCAGGGACGGUCAGGAGAGGGAAGGCACGACUUUACCCUUCCGUCCCGACAACGGCCUGUCUUUCCAGGAUAGCCUGGCACAGAUGAAAGCCGUCUAUGCAAACCUCAUCUCAGAUGCCUCUUGGUCUAGCAUCACAAUGGACUUAAUGAAAUCUAAGCCUGCUGCAGCCGGCAGUGUCAAUAGUGCCAUCACUACUCCGGAACCUGCCCCUACUGCUUCUGUCUCCUUAACCACGACCACAAACAAGAGCAGCGGGGUCAACAUGACUAGCAGUCACCAUAAUGGCAGGAGCUCCAACGCUACUGUGAACCACACAGGCAGCGCAAGUGGCAAUACUAAUGGCACAGCGUCUAGCUCUGUUAGCAGCAACAGUGCAAACAGUGGUGGGGCAAGCAAUGGUAGCGGUGUGGCCUAUGACUGGCACCAGGCAGCGCUUGCCAAAACUUUUCAACAGAACCCCUACCACCUUUUGCCAGAGCCCAGCCUCUUCAGCACAGUGCAGCUCUACCGGCAGAACAACAAACUGUAUGGUUCUGUUUUCACUGGUGCAAGCAAGUUCCGUUGCAAAGACUGCAGCGGUGCCUAUGACACACUGGUGGGUUUAACAGUCCACAUGAAUGAGACGGGCCACUAUCGAGAUGACAACAAGGACAAAGAGGAGGAUCAGGGAAAGCGCUGGUCCAAACCACGUAAGCGCUCCCUGAUGGAGAUGGAGGGAAAAGAAGAUGCUCAAAAGGUGCUGAAGUGCAUGUACUGUGGCCACUCGUUUGAGUCUCUUCAAGAUCUCAGUGUUCAUAUGAUCAAGACCAAGCAUUACCAGAAAGUGCCUCUCAAAGAACCGAUGCCAGCCUUGGCCACAAAGCUGAUGUCUUCUUCAGCUAAAAAACGAGCUCUCCAUGAUGCUAUAGUGUCCCCAUGCUCGCCAGACUCUAUCCAUGCUAGUAGUGUUGGUGGUGGUAGUGCAUCUCUUGGGGAUGUUGGCACAAAAUCUGCAGGUAACCCCUACGUUACGCCAAACAACCGCUAUGGCUACCAGAAUGGUGCCAGCUACACAUGGCAGUUCGAAGCUCGUAAAGCCCAGAUCCUCAAAUGCAUGGAGUGCGGGAGCUCUCAUGAUACACUCCAACAGCUGACUGCCCACAUGAUGGUUACUGGUCACUUUUUGAAGGUUACAAACUCUGCAUCCAAAAAGGGCAAACAGCUGGUUUUUGAUCCGGUGGUGGAAGAGAAGAUUCAGUCUAUCCCACUGCCACCGACCACCACCAGACUCCCUGUUCCCAGUGGGGUAAAGUCCCAGCCAGUGUCCCCUGCCCUCUCUACAUGCUCAGAGGAAAAGAGAGAAAGAGGCGAGGAUGAAAGGUCUGAAGGUGUGGAGCCAAUGGAGAGAAAAAUCAAGGAGGAGAGAGAUGACUCGGUUGAGAAAUCUAACAAUGACGGCACAUCUUAUAAAUACCUUAGAGAAGAAGAUCUAGAGGAGGCGCCAAAAGGGGGUUUAGAUAUUCUUAAAUCCCUUGAGAACACAGUAUCCAGUGCCAUCAGCAAGGCCCAGACAGGCACGCCCACAUGGGGGGGCUACCCUAGCAUUCAUGCUGCAUACCAGCUGCAUGGCAUGAAGAACUCUUCUACCAUUCUACCCCCAAUGGUCCAGAGUAUGCAGAUGCAGCCAAUGUUCGCAGGUGGGCUACGAGGCCUUGUGAUUAACCCAAACUCAAUCAUCCACUCGCCUCGGAGCCCUUCCUCCCCUACCCCCCUCAGGAGCAAUGUCAGUGCCAUGGAGGAGCUUGUAGAAAAAGUGACAGGGAAAGCUUCCAAUGUGAAGAAGGAAAAGGAGGAGAAGAUGGUGAGCAUUGAACGAUGCCGGCCCCCAUCGUUAGUAAAAUCCCCCUCUCCUGCACUGAGAGAGCAGAGAGAACAAUUAACAUCUCCAAAUGACCUAUCUGUAGGUAAACCAUCGGGUAUGAGAAGUAGCAGCCCAGGCAGUGUAGACUCAGAGCUCAUCUGCAAGAAGGAGCCCAAAGAGAGCCUAGUCGACGGCCACAACAACCAUUCGAAGAAUGGCUCAGAGAUGUGCCAAUCCCCAAUAACUAAUGGCAACUGUCUUGGCAUCAUCACCAAUCACUCACUGGAAAGUCCCUUCAUCAACCCUCUCAGUGCACUCCAGUCAAUCAUGAACACACACCUGGGUAAAGCCUCCAAACCAGUAAGCCCAGCUGGAGACCCACUAUCUAUGCUUUACAAAAUCAGCAACAGCUUGAUGGAUAAGCCAGCGUUCAAAACAACUCCUCAGGGCAAACCCACUGAGCCCAUCAACCACUAUCCGCUGUAUGAGAGCAGUGACCAGCCCAUUGACCUGAGUAAAAGUAAGGCCACCAUUAACAGCAACAAUAACAACAACAACAACAACAACAGCAGCAGCGGGCUCUUGACCAACAGUAGUGUAAAUGGUAACAAACCCCUAAUUUCCCUCCCUGACUCAGUCUCCUCUCCUCUGAGAGAGAAUGCUCUGAUGGACAUUUCCGACAUGGUAAAGAACCUCACAGGGAGACUGACGCCCAAAUCUUCAACCCCUUCCUCCAUCUCAGAGAAGUCAGAUGCAGACUGCAGUGCUUUUGAGGACGCCCUAGAGGACCUCUCCCCAGUGCAGAAGAGGAAAGGAAGGCAAUCCAACUGGAAUCCCCAGCACCUCCUCAUCCUCCAGGCACAGUUUGUGUCCAGCCUAAGGGAGACCUCAGAGGGCCGCUUCGCCAUGACUGACCUAGGCCCUCAGGAAAGGGUCCACAUCUGUAAGUUCACAGGCCUCUCCAUGACCACCAUAUCCCAUUGGCUGGCUAACGUCAAGUACCAGCUGAGACGGACUGGGGGCACCAAGUUUCUCAAGAACAUGGAUUCAUGCCAGCCUGUGUUCCUCUGUGGUGACUGUGCCUCCCAGUACAGGACUCCCUCCGCCUACAUCGGCCACCUGGAGUCUCACCUGGGCUUCAGCUUGAAGGACCUGUCCAAACUGUCAACGGAGCACCUUCGAGAGCAGCAGGCUGCCUCAAAGGUGAUCACAGACAAAAUGACAUUCGGCAGGCCCCUGUCAGCAUUGACCACGGCAGAGGACGACACAAGCUCCGUGUAUCAGUGCAGACUUUGCAAUCGGACAUUCGUCAGCAAACACGCAGUCAAACUGCAUCUCAGCAAGACCCACGGCAAGUCUCCAGAGGACCACCUGGUGUUUGUCACUGCUUUGGAGAAACUGGAGAAGAUGUAGAAAGUUUAAGCGGGGUCUUGUGCUGAGAGCAGUAGACACUGACAGCUGUGGAACUGACUAGAAUUUCAUUGCACUAAAAUGACUUUAUUCACAGUUACUGCACUGGGCCGAACUGAGCCGCCAGAAAGAUAUCGAUCUUAUUUUUUUUUUUUUUGUGAUAACUGCCUGACUGGACCAUGUCUUUUCAUGUUGAUUUGUUUUUGUUUUGCCAAGCUUUUUUUACACUUAUUUUGUAAUAUAUUUAUAUGCUAUUUGUCUGAUCUGUGCAUGUAUUUUAGUGAAUCAAGGUUAAAUACAAGAUUUUAAUCUUUUCAUGGCAAAAAUACAACUACUGCUUCAAUUGUAAAAGUGGUGAGCGGAAAGAGAAUUUGUGGAAGAGAAAACUGUAUAAUACUUGAUAUGAAGAAGGUGAAAAUUAAAUGUAUACACCAAAAGAAUGAAAGAAUACCCGGAGAGACUGAAGUAGCACCUUAGACAGUUGAAAUUUGAAUUUGUAAAGAGAACACGUUUUGAAAUAUCUUGCAUUUGUCAAAAUCAGAUUGAUUUAAAAAAGAUCAAGGAUUAUCAUUUCCUUCCCCUCUCCUUUUUGGUUCCUGUCACUGCAAUGUUUCUGAUGAUGAAUGGCCUGCUCAUAAAUCUGUCAGUGUAUUAGAAAAAGAUCAUGUGAACCUUUGGAAAAACUGAAAUGCUGCUUCUGGUUACGAGUCAAUCAGUGAAAAAUGAAUGGCCGUCAGUAUGCAAGAUUGCUCAAAAAACUUUUCCUUGUUGUGAAGUAUCACCCUAUAGCAAUUUUCCAGUUGUAUGGUUUGUUACAACAUUCUCUUUCUAAAUUGUGUCACUCUAUUCAACUGUAAAGAGAACAGUCCGUUACAUGUAGAUGAUUACUAGUGAAAUGUCAGUACUCCGUAAGACAUAUCUUACCAUUUGAAAACGGCUCAACAUUCUUUGUAUCUUAAGGUGUGUGCAUUCUCUAACUUUUAUAUUGUCAUUUUAUAUACAAAAAUGAUAAAAAAAUAAAAACAGAUGGUGUAUAUAGAUAUAUGCUGUAGAGCUACAAAAUGUCCUUUUUUAAAGAAAAAUACAAAUGUAGCUUCUUUGGCUUGGUUUACAGACAUGAUUUUAAUUAUACUUGCAUCCAAUUUGAUGCAUGAAAAUGGUGUGGAAAAUAAAUAAGCGAUGCACAAUGACUAUACAUUUCAAUGUUUUAUCGACAAUAUUGUAAAAAAAAAAACUUUUUAGCACCGAUUAGUUUGUUUCAUUUCUUUCUCAAUUGUAAAAUAAACCUCAAAGCAGUUGUUAACAGUCA